AUGUUCCAAGAGUACACGAGUCCGGAUAAGCUACGUUUCCAGGAAAUGCCGGGGGACAUGACGACAGCAGAAUUGCGGUUUUAUGUCAAACAAAGCCGUGAACGCGCAAAAGGCUUUGGCGUACUAACGGGUGAGGGAGUGUACCAUGGAGAUUUCGUGUUCGGACUGUCGAGCACGAUGGAAAACGUGACGACAGGCACAGGAUUGCUAGCGUACCCUAGUAAACCGGAGAAGCCUUCGGACGGUCGUGGAUCAUGGACACCGCCGAUUUCGAUGGCAGUGACCCAGUACCACGUGGUUCUGCUGUUCGCACGCCAUAUUCAAGUCGUGUCGAAGCUGAGUGGCGUGGUUGUGAUGGAAGAAUCGUUCGACGCGCGAGUAGGCAAUGUGAACGGCAUUGUUGUGGAUGACACGUUUAACACAGUGUGGAUCCACUCAAGCCGUCGUAUCUUGGAGGUAGUUAUUGUUGACGAGGACCGCGAUGUAUGGAAGCUAUUCUUGAGCAAGGCUGUGAUGGGUAACGGUGACGAUCGCGAUUUUGAGCAGGCCUUGGCUGUCUGCCGCAAUGGAUGGGAACGUCAGCGCGUGCUGACAGCACAAGCAGACAAGCUCUUCGAUAAGGGGAAGUUUGAUCGUGCUGCUGUUAUGUACGCGAAGACAACGCGUUCGUUUGAAGAGGUGGCGCUGAAGUUUCUCGAAAUCGAGAGUCGUGACUCGUUGCUGUUAUUCCUGCUGCAGAAGCUGAUAGGCUUGGGAAGUGACGAGAAGACACAGCAGACUGUCUUGUGCUCAUGGAUCGUUGAACUGUUUCUAGAUAAGUUCAAUGUGCUGAAGGGGAGUGUGCAAGAUGUUGAUGCGCAUGCAAACUUGCUGUUCGAGUUCAAGCAAUUCCUGCAAGAUCAGAAGAGUCAUCUCGAUCCGGCCACGACUUUCAAUUUAAUCCUUAGCCACGGCCGACCGGAUGAGCUUGUGUUCUACGCAACUCUUAUCGAAGAUUACGGAAAAGUGAUUACGUAUCAUGUGGACCGCGGCGAGUACGGAGCUGCAAUCGAGUUGCUUCGUAGCGUAGAAACGUCGAACGUGGAAGAGCUGUGGUACAAGUAUUCACCCGAGCUUAUCAUUCAUAAGCCGAAGGAGGUAUACGAGGCAUGGCUGGAGGCCGCUACACUGAACCCGACGCGUCUCAUUCCGUCAAUUGUGCGUCAUGUGCACCAGAAGAGCGAUGCGGGCGCGGAAUCGGCCAGCACUACAACAAAAAAGUCGCUCCGUUUUGGAUAUGGCCAUUCGGUUUCUGAAGUUUGCCAUCAAGCAGGGCAACCGCGAUCCGACGAUCCACAACUACCUGUUAUUUCUGCUGGCCAAGCACCCUGA